AUGCCCUCCUCGCCCACGUUGAUCUUCAUGACCAUCUUUUGCCUGGAGUCAUUGGCUGCAAUGCUUCAGAAUGGCUUCUUGGUCACCAUGCUGGGCAGGGAGUGGGUGAGGUGCCGGACGCUGCCAGCAAGUGACAUGAUUGUGGCUGGUCUCACUGCAUCCCGGUUCUGCCUGCAUGGGUUAGCCAUGGUGAACAACCUCCUGGCCUCCCUAGACUUUUGGCAUGCAUUUACCUGUUUGAACAUCUUCUGGGACCUUUUCAAUGCCCUCACUUCGUGGUUUACUGCCUUGCUUGCUGCUUUCUACUGUGUGAAGAUCUCAUCUUUCUCCCACCCCAUCUUCGCCUGUCUGAAGUGGAGGAUCUCUCGGUCAGUGCCCAAGCUGAUGCUGGGCUCCCUGAUUAUCUGUGGCCUGCAAGUCAUCUUAUCAGCCACUGGGAAUAUACUGUUUGGUCCCAUGAAGUUCUCUCUUAGUUCCUACGGAAAUGAAACUCUAAUUUAUAGAGUGCAGGAUUCGUUUCAGCUCUACUUUUUGCUUUAUGAAGGGCUUGUGUUGUCAGUUCCGUUCCUCCUGUUCCUAGUGCCCACCGUCUUGCUCAUCGUGUCACUGUGCGGGCACUUGGGGCAGAUGAGGGAACGCAGGCCCAGCCCCUGUGUCCCCAGCACCCAGGCUUACACUGUGGCUUUAAAGUCGCUCACCUUCUUCCUUAUCUUCUGUACAUUGUACUUCCUGUCCUUGUUUGUUUCUGCUUUGAAAAUCAUAAACUUUCAGAAUCACUGGCACUUGGCCUGGGAAGUGCUCAUCUAUGCCAACAUCUCUCUACACUCUACUUUCCUUGUGCUGAGACGUCCCAAACUGAAAAAGAGCCUGAAGACAUGGUUUCGGCUCCAGUGCCCAUGUGCUGCUGGCUCACAGGGCUUUGGAAGCGGCGUUAAGAUUGAUGGUGCUUUUCUGACUCUGCACCAAGAACCGACGCUCCGAGGCGCCGGCAAAACCGCCUCGCCGGUCACAAGAGUCGCGCUGGCGACCCGUGGGGCUCCUCCGCUGGGAAUCUCCUGGUGCGUGAGCAACAAGAAUUCAUGUGAAGGUAUGGCGUCCUCUCGUUCUUUGUGCUUUCACUGGGAGCUACUAUCCCGAGCUGCUAGUGAUCAGCCAUCUUGGAUCUCUCCUUUGUAA